CAGGUAUGGCUCCGAAGAAAGUCGCCGCCCGCCCUGGCCCAGCCGCUGCCUCAAAACGGCCUAUUAGAGGCCCAUCCCAGGCGCUUCACUCACCCACCCCAAGCCAACCAGUGGGGCGGGUGCAAUCCUUGGUGGCGAGUAUGGCCGGUGAUCCAGCAGCCCUAUCUCGCUUCGCGGCUGAAAUGGAUGGUUUCCUUCAACAUUGCUCCACCCAGCCGUUCGCAUCUGGAAGGCCGCCUCCUUCAGCAAUGAUGUCGUCUCCGGUUUCACCGUCAUCUAGUGAAGAUGGGAGAGAUGGGUCAUCAUCGGGGCGUUUGAUCGUGGACCCCCAGUUAGCCCAGUCCCCCGACUUACCUGCUGUUCGGGGCCAUUCACGGAGGUCUGGUCGUUCCACCAGGAGGGCCUCAGGGAGAAGGGGCCCUUCGGCAGCCUCCACUCGCCGGCGUACGCCCGCUCAGCCCCCGGCUGAAGUGGCGUCAGGUUCUGGCCUCUCACCUGUUGUCUCUCCGCAGUCUGUUCCAGUUCCAUCUCAGCCGAAUCUUGAUUCCGAGUCUUCUAUUGAAGACAGUCUUCCAGUCCCUGCCAGGAAGUCUUCGGGUGGGAAGCGUCGCCACAGGAGGUCUUCCCAGAAGCAUGCCAAGUGGAGGAAGGACGACACAUCUUCCUCUUAUACUGGUAUGUCAUCUUCUAGUUCUGAUGAAGAGGCGUGUAAUUCAAUGGAACUUUACUGGGGUUUUGGAGAAUCGGCUUCGGGGCUCCCGCGGUGGGCUUGGGAACGAAGGGCCAACACACACCGGGCAAAGUAUGAGGCUGUCCAAGAGUGUAGGGACAGUGUGUUGGUCCCUGACGUUAAAAUCUCAACCAAUUCUGCCAGGGAUAUCAUACCAGGUUCGCAUUUGUCGGCAAAGCUGCGGUCCAGAAUUUUAAACGGCCGCUAUGUAGACAUGUUCAAAUUGGUCCCACCUUCGGAGGAACAGGAGAAGGGAAGUUCUUCCUCCAAAAAACGCCCUGGGGCCUCCACUGAGGACAGGACAUUCGAACAUUGGCUCGAUUGUUUCCAGGUCUUCGCUGGUGUGGUUACAGCAGCUUACCCAUGGAGAUUCCUUCAUUUGAUAGUUUAUCUAUCCAUCGUUUGCUCUGCAUUCACCAAAGCUGGUGAAAAAGCUGUGAUCAAAUAUGAUGAGAACUUCAGGCGCCGCGCUGCCAGGAUCCCUUCGGCCCGCUGGGAUCGCAAGGAUCUCGAUGUGUGGAGCACCCACGUGGCCCCACUCAUUGAUAAAAAGGUGCCGGAGCAACAGAAGUCGAGGACUUUGGCUUUUAGAGCUGGCCGUCGUUUGCUAUGCUGGGAUUUUAAUAAGAGCUCCUGCCAGCGCCAAAUGUGCAAAUAUGCUCACAUGUGCAAAAAAUGCAAUGGAUUGCAUUCUGCUUCCUCUUGUUUUGGCGGUUGGCGGCCCUUUCGUGGGGGAAGAGGGGCUUCUCAUCAACCCCCCAAGUCAGCCCCCCUCCCUUCAACCUCAGGAACAGGAAAAUAG